AUGGCUAUGCCCUUCUCACAAUUCUUCAGAGAGCAGUGGCAGGAGCUCCCGAUAAUUCCACCCAAAGAAACCUGUUCAGGUGCUACGCACAUCAUCACGGGCGCCAACACGAGGUUGGGCCUGGAGGCGGCCCGGCAACUGACUGCUAUCGGCGCUUCAAGAGUUUCCACGGGCAUUCAUGGCGUCGUUGAGGUACGGCCACCGGACCUCAACAUACACGACUCCGUAAAGGCCUCUGCCAAACAGGCGACUGACCGGUUAGAUCGCAUUGAUGCGCUGAUCGAGAAUGCCGGUGCUGCGUACGACCGAUACACUCUAGCUGAAGACCACGAAGCGAGUGCCACCAUUAAUGUCUUGAGCACAUUUCUCUUGGCGGUACUUCUCCUUCCCAAGCUCAAAGAGAGUGCAAAGCGCUUUCUAUCCUACCACAUCUUGUCAUCGUCGCCAGCAGGGCCGGCCGGCUAG